CGCUUAUUGUGACACAUCUCCUACCUCGUGAAGACACUAUGAAACUCUUCUACACGCUAAUCUUCUUCGUGUGUGUUACCGAAGUGUUCACCAUUGACGCCUUCACGAAGAACUGUUGUCCGGCUUAUUUUCAUCCGGAUGGCAGGCAGCAGCCGGUGUGUGCUGAUGGGUCUUACGCAGAGACGACCUUGUGUUGCGGAAGAGGCCCUUGCAACGUAGUCUGUUGCAACUGUGACAUUGGCUGCAUAGAAGGACCUUACUCAAAAGGGAGAGUGUAUUCUCCACUGACUGCUAUAACUCAAAGCAUUCCUGCGAGCCAAGGCGUCAGGAGUUAUGUGGAAUUGGGCAUUCAUACAGUUGGUGAUCAUUUGGACGAUAUUAAAGAUAAAACUGUGGAAGUUGGCAACACGAUUGAAGACUGGUUUAAAAACUUAGGUUAAAAUGUAUUUGAUGAUCCUGGGGGGUUACCAUGAUGUGCUAAAGCCGUUCAGUUUAGGUUGAGAGAGAGGGACGGAGCUAUGUAACUGCUAUAGCUGUGUCCCUUUCUCUCAACCUAAACUGAACGUCUUUAGUACGUCAUGGUAACCCCCCAGUACUUAAUUAAGUAAUUUUAUGUAACCUAUGUUUGUAUCGUCGUUUAAGUGUGUUGUUUUAUUAGUUUAAAAAUACAAUUCUCUUUUAUUUACUAGGUACUAGGUAGGUAUGGUCGUUUCUAAUGUGCUCUCCGUUCCUUUGAAUAUAUAAGUUUCUUUACGUACUUUUAGUACCUUUCGCAGUUUAUUUAGUUUAAUUUUAGUAUGUUUUUGUUUCAUUAUACAUAAUUAUAUCACUGUUCAAAAUUAUUAAAGUACCAUUUCAACUAUA